AUGGCGUUAGAAGGGGGAGCCGCCGCCGAUACGCCGGUCGCCGCAACGCCGUCCGUUCCUGAGAUGCUGCAAGCUAUCAUGGCACGCUUCGUUCAACAAGAGGAAACAAACAAAGCUACGAACGAACGUCUAGCCGCACUCGCCGCCGCCGUCGGAACCCUCGAUGGCGAAGGUAACGAAGCAGAGACCGCCAGACGACGGUUGUUCGCCACCACGAACCCUAACCCUAACCCUAAUCCCGACGAACCAACCGACGACGCACCUCCGACGCACGUCGACACCGCACAACCGACCGACGGCUCCGACUCUCUUACAAGCCGUCAGAUCGCCGACUUGCAACUCUCCUUACGGGAUAUCCACUCCAAGAUCCACCACGUCAAGACGUCGGCUCCAGAGAUCGAACACGUUCUCGCUUCCACCCAGCGGAAUCCUUUCACCAAGCGAAUAACAAACGUCAAAAUCAAGAAGGCGGAAAAGCUUCGCAUCCCCCCGUACACCGGUGUCACAGAUCCCACCGAUCACAUGACAGCUUUUAACAUAGCUAUGGGUCGGAACCAUUUCUCUGACGAAGAGAGAGACGCUGGUCUCUGCCAACUUUUUGUCGAGAGUCUUUCCGGACCGGCCCUCAGCUGGUUCUCUCACCUGAAGGAGCAUUCGAUCGACAGUUUUCACGACCUAUCCGCGUCUUUCCUCAAAAACUACAUCAUGUGGACGCGUCAAGGCACAUCGAUGGCUGAUUUGUGGAAACUAUCUCAAUCGUCAACCGAUAGCCUCAAGGAUUUCAUGGAGAAGUUCAAAGAAGUACUGUCCAAGGUUCCUGUACCGGAUCAAACGGCCGUCGAAGCCCUAACCAACUCCCUAUGGAUCAACUCCAAGUUCAGGGACUACCUCUACGAGCAUCCGGAUAUCAACAUCGAAGACGCCCUGCACAACUCAAAAAACUUCAUCAGGCUAGAGGAAGACAAACGAGCUUUCAACGCCAAGCAGCAAGCUCUGAAGCAAGCAGCAGCCAAGACGAUGGAUGCCCACGAACCGCGUCAGCACGCACCCUACAACAAAAAUGACAGGAGAAAAGGGAUCAUUUCUGCAGUCGGAGAGAGCGACCAAUCGGGCACAACAGCCACCGUACGGGAGCCGGGAUGGAAUGUCUGGGAGCGUGACACCGAAAACAAAACGCAACAGCCUCGAAGUUCCUCCUCUGCUAAUCCGAAGAGCUCCUCCGUCAGAGAUUUGAGCAAGUACUGUGAAUAUCAUGAAAUGAAAGGCCAUGAUACUAAGGAGUGCAGGCAUCUCUAUGAGGCCUGGCUUGCAUCUACUAGCGAUAGUCGCGCGAAGGCCGAUCUCUCCAAGCAGAAGACAGCGAAAAACAACAAGAGCUGGAGUAAAAGCAGGGACAAAAAGAAAAAGUCCCAAGGGAAGAAGGCAGAGGAUUCUUCCCCGAACGAUGACGUCGACGAAUCGCAACAAGACGAUGACUCCACUUCCGACGAAGAUAAACCGAAACCUGCGACAUUCGCUCACUCCGAGGAAAUCGACGCUGAGGAAAAGGGAGGUGACGAUUCGGCGAGAACGCUCAAUGCAUCCGACGCUCGGCACGUGCUGAAUUCCAAGCGAAAGGAGCCCCUUUAUCGCCAAGACGAACUGAAGAGGUCGAGCGGUCAGUUCGACGAGGGAGAGAUGAUCGAUCUCCGCGCCAAGCUUAACUCGAAGUUCUCAGACCUCCGCGAAAAACUCAAGCGGAACAAGACCGAUCGUUCCACAGCCGAACCAGAGCCAGUCAUCUCGUAUCAACACAAAUCGCACGAUUUGCGUACUCGGCUCAAUUUUCUUCGGGCCGAACGAACGGCAAAACCAUCGACGAAGCAUCAAGAGCAAUCGCAUCGAUUGAACGUUAUCAUAGGAGGAUCUCCUCCUUUCAAUGAGUCCGUCCGAUCGGUGAAAGAAUUCCGCCGGAAGGCAGUCACCGCAAAACGCUGGCCCGCCACCCCAGAGACUAGCCCCCAAAUUACUUUUUCAGCCGAAGAUACCGUGGGCGUCCAUAUGCCUCACAAUGAUUCACUCCUCAUCGACAUCGGAAUCAGCGACUGCACUGUAACCAAAGUCUUGGUUGAUACUAGCAGUUCAGUCGAUCUCAUCUUCAAAAGCACACUUGUCAAAAUGGGAGUGAGCCUCGACGGAAUGAAGCCUUCAGCGCGAACGCAUUCUCAUGGUACCCAAAGUGACAAAGAACGAACAUGCAGCAAUUUUGCGCCACAUCCAAGACCCUAG